UUCAAUGCUCUGCAGAGUACCUUGCAAACCCCUCUCUGCUGAGAAAGAUUCGUGAUACUUGGUGAUGGAACAGAACAACAGCAACGUGGAGGAUUUCUCCCUGAAUGUGUUUUCUGUCACUCCUUACCCGCCGAGUAGGUCUGAUGCCCUGGUGUCAGAUGGGGACAAAGCUGGUGCCACUCUGCUUUUCUCAGGUGUGUUCUUGGGACUGGUGGGGAUUACAUUCACCGUGAUGGGGUGGAUAAAGUACGACGGCCUUACUCACCUGGAGUGGACUCAGUUACUAGGGCCUAUCCUGCUUUCUGUUGGGGUAACUUUCAUCCUGAUUGCCAUUUGCAAGUUCAACAUGCUUACAUGCAAGCCCUGCAAAGAAAGAGAGGAGAACACGUUAGACAUCGAACAGAACGCAAGCGGACAGUCCUUCGUGUUCACUGGAAUCAACCAACCCAUAACUUUCCACGGUGCCACAGUGGUGCAGUACAUCCCCCCACCUUACCCAGCGCUGGACAGUGCAGCCACCAGCCCUGGCUACAUGCACCCUGUGCUCAGCUGCUGCGGGGCCGUCUCCCCUGGUGUCUCUCCCAUCCCCAGCCCCAGCUCUGCUCACUUCUGCCCUGCCUACUCUCUGGACAACCCCGCUUUCACCUGGGAUGAGAGCUGUGCCAGUUAUCUCGCAGAGAACACACAGAACCAAAGGUCAGAGGACAGCUCUGAUGAGCCAGAAGAACUUCUGGAAGACCCCUGUGAAGAACUAUCACCUCCUCGUUACGAGGAAAUAUAUCCACUGUCUUCAUAAAUAACUACUGACAACAGACUGCUUCUGAGAGACACCAACUUCUUAAUCUUUACAAAUCUUUUCUUUAGCAUUUGCACAAUAGGCAGGUGCGACACAAUGAUUUCAGCCAUACUGAAAUGUGCUUCAGUGUCACUGAAAACAUUUAACCAACCCCUUCCUUUUGUUCCUCAUGCUAUUUUCUCUCUUGCUAUGCAGUUCGAUAGCAAAACCAAUUAAACUCAAAGAUGCAAAUUCAUUCAAGUUUUUCCCAACGAGGAUCCCAAAUUCCAGACUUGCUGAAAUAGUGUGAACAGUGAAUGCAAAAGAUGUCACGAUUACUCCUGGACUUCCAGCAUCAUUAGAGAACAUUCGAUUUGUUCUCAAUGUAUUAUUGCCCCUUGAUUGUUUGGGGAACUUCAGAAGUGCCCAGAUGUCUGAUCCACAGAAGUGCCCAUAGUGUCUUUGCUUAGCCUGAUUCCUUAGAAUGGCUUACUCAUGAACAAGUCCACUCCACAGGUUGACUUCCUCUGUUUUCACCCAACCCCAUAGGUAAUUUCAGAGCAUUCCAUUGAAUCAGAGCAUCCCAGAUGGGAGAAAAAGAUCCACCGUGCAUCACAUUCAGUUUCUUUCCCUGCCAAUGGAGUACAAAGCAAAAGCACCACAAAAGCAAAAGUCACUGUUCUGGAGCCUUGGCAGAAAUACGUGGUUCUAUCGGUACUGAAGGCAUUAGCAGGCCAUGCUGUGACCCAUAGCAAUCUCCUCUGCAGGAGAGUCCGUUCAGAGGUGACUCUGAAGCACACAGCUCAGGCUGAAGUUCUCUCAGAGCACCAUGGCAGCUACAUGCUGCAGUGGACUUUAUUGUUUGAGUCUAGCUUGCAGGACUAACAGAGUUCCAUACAUUACAUCUACAAAUCAAUCUAGAUCUAACAAUAGGUGCCGGUUCACAAGUGACAGAAUCUUCAGUGUGAAGGUCCUGGAAAGCUCUGCUCAGGAGUUAUUUUACCCUCAGAGCAAUGAGAAGUGUCUGCAUGGCCUCACUAGUGAUGAAGGUAUGUAUUUGAAGGGAGAGGCACAUCCAGAACAUCGUCCAUCUACAUGGAGCUUCGGGGCAUACAUCUGCCUCCUGGACCUGUGUGUUCUGAGCAUGCCAAGAGAUUAUUAGAUUAGAUAUUAGGAGGAAAUUCUUAACUCAGAGGAUGGUGAGGCACUGGCAAAGAAGCUGUGGGUGCCCCAUCCCUGGAUGUACUCAGGGCCAAGUUGGAUGGGUGCUGGGCAGCCUGAGCUGGUGUGUGGCAGCAGUGGGUUGGGGCUGGGUGAACUUUAAGGUCCCUUCCAACCCAACACACACUGUGAUUGUAGGAGUCUACGAAGGCCUUUGAAGGGGUGCAGGAUAAAUUUCGUGGUUGAAGUGCUACACUCAGUGGUGCUGCAAAUGGCACUGAGAGACCACAUUUGUAAUGCAACAUUUAAGCUGAUUCUGAGCAGGAUAAGUAGCUGCAGCAGCAGCUGCUGCUACUGGACAGUGUCUACAAAACAUGCAAGAAGUUUUCUUACUAGGGCAAUGUGGAGCAUGCUGACUUUCAGCAGCCUGGUGUCAGCAGGUAGCUGGAGAGAGGCCAGCACAUGGUGCUCAGCACUGUCUCAGUGGGACUGAGUGAGAGAGCAGGAGGUCUAAAAAUAGACAUAAUGUUCCCUUGUGGAAACAUCUUGCUCCCCUUCCAGAACUUACACGGAGGUGAACCCAUCCUCUGCAGCAGCUAGCUGGAAGUUCCCGGGUCCUCAGGAGCAGACACCUGCACUUAGCACGUAGUGCUGCUGAGUCCAGAAGCACAGUGGGAACACAGAGGAUGGGUGUGAUGGGUCCAACUACAGGACUGCAGUCAGCACUCCUGGCUGAUUUCUCUCCCCUGCAACAAGAAAGUUCUCUCUGUCAGAAACCACAGACUUGCCGCCGCUCUUUUGCUUUCCUCACAUCCAUGACAUGGCGUGUUACCCAGGGAAAUCAGAGGGUUUGUUUUCAUGGCAUCUAAUUGCACUGCUGGAGUAAAUAAAGGAAAUCCAGGAGGUUGCUCAAUGGACUUGAUUUUUAAGGUUUAUUUUUGAAGAAGCUCAUUGAAAGAGUCCCGGGUUGCCUUUUUUGGAGAGAUUACUGAAUAAGAAAUUUUUAAUAACUAUGUAUUAAAAUGAUCCAUAAGAUGGAUUUUGUCUGGA